GGGAGAGUUGAUUGUCCCCUUUCCCCCUCUUAGGAGGCACUUGGGCUCGUCUUUGCUGGUCCUGAGCAGGGACUUGGGGCAAACCAUCGCGCCAGAGAGGGGCGCACUCCUAGGUCUUUCUCAGGAACCGAAAGAAGCCAGAGUGCCCACUGGGACGCGGGGGAGAGCCUGAGCAGCCUCCCCCAUGGGGAAGAGAUACUUCUGCGAUUAUUGUGAUCGAUCCUUCCAAGACAACCUGCACAAUCGGAAGAAGCAUCUGAACGGAGUCCAGCAUCUGAGAGCCAAGAAGGUCUGGUACGACCUCUUCCGAGAUGCUGCAGCCAUUCUGGUGGAGGAACAGAACAAAAGGCCCUGCCGGAAGUUUCUGGAGACGGGUCAGUGUGACUUUGACUCCAACUGUCGAUUCUCGCACAUGACGUCGGGGGACCUCGAGCUCCUGGCCGCCCAGGUCCACGAGGAGAGGCUGUCCAGGGAGCAGGACGUCGUGGAGGUGCCUGAGGGGGGCAUCGAAGACUGGCUGGAGAAGCGGGCCAAGCAGCGGAGCUCUGCCCAGAGCAGCAGCACGCUGUCAGCCAAGCCCGUGGUGUUCCAGUACCCACCGGGGUGGCCGCCCCUCCAGGAUCUGCCUCCGUCCCUGCGGGCCCCGCCGCCUGGGGGCUGGCCGCAGCAGCCCAAUGUCCAGUGGGGCUGAGGAGGCUCCCCCUGCCCCCGACACAGAAGCUCUUCUAGACAUCUGGGGACGCGGCAGGGAUCCACCCUAGUUUCUAGAUUGAAAUAAAAGGUGCCAGCCUGGCAGUGAGACA